AUGGCCGCCCUUCAGAUCCCUCUCGAUGCCUUGACAUCUCGUUUCAAUUUCGGCGAUCGCUUCAGCAGUGUUCGUUCGCAAUCCGUCUCUUCGCGGUUUGCCAACCUUAGACCGAUUUCCGAAUUCUUUGAUGUCAAGAGGUUAUCGAAACCAGCCAAUUUCGGGGAAAUGCAGAGCCGUUUGAACUACAACCUAAGCUACUUCUCUAGCAACUACAUUGUCAUUUUCAUUAUGCUAGGAAUCUACAGCUUGCUCUCGAAUUUACUGCUUCUGUUUGUCAUAAUCCUAAUCAUCGGCGGAACCUACGGAAUCGGCAAGCUUGAAGGUCGGGAUCUGGAUGUUGGUUUUUUCAGAGCAAGCACCUCGCAACUUUACACCGGCCUUCUGAUUGUCACAGUCCCACUGGGUAUUUGGGCAUCUCCCAUUGGUGCUGCUUUGUGGCUUAUUGGUGCUACUGGAGUUACUGUUUUGGGGCAUGCUGCGUUUAUGGAUAAACCAAUCGAGAAUGCUUUUUCCGAGGAGGCGGUCUAG